AUGGGCCUGGCCAACUAUUUUAAGGCCAAACGGCCGACAGACGGAAGAAAUGGAAGGUCAUCUCAGUUGCAGAGUAGGGGGUUCUUAGCAGAGAGGGUCCUCACGGGGCUGAUAAAUCUGAAUGAUUUUACCGUUCCUAUUGCGCCGUUGGGUUUUGGCUCGUCACGAAAUUCGAUUUCCGGGCGGUCCACACGAUCUAUGACCGGCCCGGUUUUUAUCGACGAUAUAAAACACGAGGUGAUGGUAAAUUUUAUAUAUCAACAACAGUGUUCGCAUCUAUGGGUUGGAGAUGGGAGUGGAGAUUUGGAGGGAGUUCUCCUCCGUAAGUCCAGGGGUUUUUACUUGACGUGUCCAUCUUCAUUAACGAAUUCGACUAUCGCGAUGGCUUGCGCCGCUCUCAACGUUGAGUGCGCCAUGACUGUCAACUCUAGGGUUAUCAAGACAUUCCUCUCGUGGUCUCCCGGUGCUACGGAUGUGCCGUUGAUGAACGGUCUUCGAAUUCAAAUCAUGCCAUCAGUUGACGAACUAUCAAGAGCAAGAAAGCACCAGUUUGCAGCUUUCUUAGCAGCAGAAUCGUUGCUGAUCGUUUGGGACGAUGAUGCGUUACAUCUCGUUCAACGAGCUCAAGCCAUCGAGUCGGAGUUGAUGGAGUUAGUCUGGCAACGUAGCGAGAUGAGCGACGAUGACGGAGAGAAAAACCCAGAGUAUUUUUCCGGAGAAGUAGAACUAGACGAGGAGAGCGGCCAUACCGAUCCCGAAAAGAGACCGGUACAUCUAUUGAACACGUACCUCGUUUCUAUCGUCAUAACACUCAUUACAAUUUCCCUGGGCGCGGCUUGGAGACAACUUGCUAUUGAAGUUUCGGUCGACGACAACUUCGCACGGUUAGGUCUAGUUGUUCUAUUCCCAAUUCAGGUUUUCUUCUCCCUAUUCUUCGCCCAGGUCCUCGUCGGAUGCAUGGCCCAGAUGUUCGGGCCUAUCCGCCAGCUUACAAUCAACUCCAAAUACUAUUCCGCCCGGCCACCUCCUCGGCUGGCAACUGUAACAUUACCACAUGUUACCGUACAAUGUCCAGUCUAUAAAGAAGGCCUCACAGCUGUCAUUCAACCCACAGUUAGAUCCGUGCAGCGUGCCAUCAGCACAUACGAGCUGCAAGGUGGCUCUGCAAACCUCUUUAUCAACGAUGACGGUUUACAGCUUAUCCCCGAGGAGGAGCGAAUGGCUCGUAUUGACUUCUACGCCAGCCAUAGCAUAGGCUGGGUUGCUCGUCCCAAACACGGCGAAAACGGCUUCCUGCGCCGCGGCAAGUUCAAAAAAGCUUCUAAUAUGAACUUCGGACUUAUGAUCACUUGCAAGGUGGAGGACAAGUUAGCACUGUACAACCGCGGCCCCGAAUGGUCACAGAUAGACGAGGCUUUCGCCUACGAGCAAGCGUUGAAAGAGGUUCUCGAAGAGGACGGCAGGGCUUGGGCUGAUGGUAACAUUCGUGUCGGCGACUAUAUUCUCCUUAUCGACUCCGAUACGCGUGUUCCAUCCGAUUGUCUUCUAGAUGCAGUUUCAGAGAUGGAGCAGUCUCUCGACAUCGGCAUCAUGCAGUUCUCUUCUGGUGUUAUGCAAGUCGUGCACACAUACUUUGAGAACGGCAUUACGUUCUUUACGAAUCUCAUAUACAGCGCCAUUAGGUAUACCGUCUCCAACGGCGAUGUUGCUCCCUUCGUCGGUCAUAACGCUGUGCUACGGUGGAGUGCAAUUCAGCAGGUUUCGUACGAAGACGAAGAUGGGUACGAAAAGUUCUGGUCCGAAUCGCACGUCUCUGAAGACUUUGACAUGUCCCUUCGCCUACAGUGUCGCGGGUAUAUUAUUCGCCUUGCUGCAUGGGCAGGAGAGGGCUUCAAAGAAGGCGUUUCUCUAACCGUUUAUGACGAGUUAGCCCGAUGGGAGAAGUAUGCGUACGGCUGCAACGAACUGCUCUUCCAUCCUAUUCGGCAGUGGAUUUGGAAGGGUCCCUUUACGCCUCUUUUUCGCCAAUUCCUCUUCUCCAACGUCCGCUUGACAUCAAAGGUCACGAUCCUCUCAUACAUCGGUACGUAUUAUGCUAUCGGCGCAGCAUGGAUCAUGACUUCGGUCAACUAUUUCAUCGUGGGUUGGUUUAACGGGUACCUGGACAAGUAUUAUAUCGACUCUUGGAAAGUCUGGUUCUCUAUUAUUAUCGUCUUCAACGGCCUCGGCAAUAUAGGUCUAGCCAUGAUGCGAUAUCGUGUGGGAGAAAGGUCACUCGCGUAUGCCCUGUAUGAAAACUUCAAGUGGACAUCUCUUCUAGCCAUCUUCUUAGGAGGGUUAUCUCUCCAUAUAAGCCAGGCCUUGUUGUGUCACAUGUUCGAAAUCGACAUGAGCUGGGGCGCGACGUCGAAAGAGGCCGAAUUUUCGAACUUCUUCAUUGAGGUUCCGAGGGUUAUAAAGAAAUUUAAAUUCUCUAUGAUUUUCUCGCUACUUUUCCUCGUGGGAAUGGUCAUCAUAGCCGUCGCGCCCUUUAUCCCGAGCGACUGGCGUAUUACAGACUUUGUCGCUAUCUUGCCCAUGGCGACAGUGGUGAGCAGUCACUUCCUUUUACCUCUUGCGCUCAACCCUGCGCUUAUGACUUUUUCGUGGUAA